AUGGAAAACGUUCUGUUCAUUGGAGUCAUUUCAGCAAUUAAAAAAAUGUACAAAUUUGUUCUUCUUUAUUUGAUUUUUAUUGGUUAUGUACAAUGCAUACCAAUUGAUAACGGUGUCGAAGGCGAACCGGAAGUUGAAUGUGGACCAACCUCGAUAACUGUCAACUUCAAUACUGAAAAGGCAUUCCAAGGCCAUGUCUAUGUCAAAGGUUUAUAUGAUGACGACGCAUGUCGUAAUGAUGAAGUUGGACGUCUAGUUGCUGGGAUAACUUUACCGUUUGAUACAUGUAAUGUAGCCCGAACACGAUCACUGAAUCCGCGCGGCAUUUAUGUGACUACAACGGUCGUUAUAUCCUUCCAUCCACUGUUUGUCACUAAAGUUGACAGAGCAUACAGAAUUCAAUGCUUCUAUCAGGAGGCAGAUAAGACAGUUAGCACACAACUUGAAGUAUCUGAAAUUACAACAGCUUUGGAAGGACUAAUUACACAGGUGGUUCCACUGCCAAUAUGCCGUUAUGAAAUUCUUGAUCGUGGACCAACUGGACAACCAGUUGAAUUUGCUGAAGUUGGGCAAGAAGUUUAUCACAAAUGGACAUGCGAAUCUGAAACGGUUGAUAGCUUCUGCAUGGUAGUACACUCAUGCUUUGUCGACGAUGGAAAUGGUGAUUCUGUCGAAGUGUUGAAUUCGGAAGGCUGUGCUCUUGACAAAUUCCUCAUUGAUAACCUGGAUUACCCAACUGAUUUGACUGCCGGCCAAGAGACAACAGUAUUCAAAUUUGCGGACAAAACACAACUGUAUUAUCAGUGUCAAAUUGCGAUCACAAUCAAAGAACCACACAGUGAAUGCCCAAGGCCUCAGUGCCCCGAACCUGUUGCUUUUGGUGCUGUUAAAACGAAAGAAACUCCACAGAAACCAUAUGCCCAACUUCGCCUUCUCAAGAAACGUUUUGCAGACUUUGAAAAUGUUAUGGACGUGCGCACUGAAAUUAGCACUCUUGACAUUAACGAUCAGGUUAGCUGA